UAGUUUAGGAUGCCCCAUACAAGAACUGGUUAAGCACAAGGGAUUAUUGCAAUCUAACCAAUCGCAUCCAGACCUCCAAGAAACGAAGAAUGAAGCUGACCCUCCUCAUCCUCACUCUGGCCGUGUCCAUGGCAGCAGCAAAAGAAGAGAUGGAGGACAUCGAUGAAGAAAUUGAAAUAAACUCGUUUAUUGAGUCACUGCUACAGUCAGCCAAAGUCCAGAAGCAAACAGGCUGCCCCACUUUCAGUUGUUUGACUGGCUUUGACGUGUUUGCCCAGACAUCUGGCAUUAAAUACGCUGAAUCAGCAGGAACACAUGAUGUUGAAAUCAUGUUCACAAAUGGAGAGAAAAAAACAUUUAAGCUGACUGGAUUGCCCCCUAAAAAUGCCGCAAAACUAUUCAGCUUUGACCUUCCAGAGAUAACCCAAUGCUUCAGCAUAUUUGAUGUUGCCAACAUAACAGUGGUUGCAAAAACCACUAAGGGAUGGAAUAUCGAAACAAUUGUUACAAUCUUCGCUGAUAAUAAGGGCCGCACCUACUCAGGCUCUAUCGAUAGGAAGGUCAAUCGCUGGAUCGAUCAUAAGGAUGAGCCAAAGAGCGAGAGCUUUGUUCUGAAUUUGAGCAGACACGGCUAAGCAGUCAUCGGGUGAAGAUAGACCAAAGCUGAGAACAUAAUAGAGAAGAGUUAGAACUGUAGAUUUUAAUUAGCUAGGAAAUCAGAUUUUAUGUAUACUGUACCGAUGCAAAUUUUAGACUUAUUGACUUAUUUCCUCCGCA